GGCUCUCGACAUCCUCGUCCCGCCCCGUUACCUCUUACGUCGCAACCAUCUCUCUAGUGGGACUCGAAUUAAUGAGCCUACGCUCGCACAGCCAUCGAGCAGCCGUAGAUCAGACGUCGACCCGUUCCGGCAAUUCCCUCUACCAGCGCUGCCGCUGCCAGCCCAGAGCAGUGUGAGAGCCCUCGCGUGCUGUUCAGGUCUCGCUCCUCUCUCUCUGCCUCUGUAGUAUUCUCCUUCUUGCCCAGCGCGAGCAUCGGCUUCUCUCGUCGCUCUGGCGCUCCUGGCAGACUGCUCGGUUUCCUCUCCUCCUCUCCCUCCUCCGACAGCUCCUCCUCCGUGUAAAACAUCGAGGCACUGAUUCCGAAAGCCGGGGCGGUGCGGUGCGGUGCGCGACGAGUGUGCUUGACAUUAGCAGCGUAGGCCGUCGGUCGGUUGUGGCGCCCUGAGUGUCGGUUGGUUCUUGCUCAAAGAGCCCGUUGUUGUUUGUGGUCGUCGCAAAGAGAGGUCUGUUUGCUGCCGAGAGGGUUUGUGUGUCGAGAGCGGAUUGUGAUCACCACCUCGGUGUCCUUGGGCUGUUGUCUCGUGCGUGAAACUGGGUGGUGUCGUCCUGCUCCGGCUGAGAAGCGUGUCCCGGGUGGUGCCAAUCGAAGUGCAGGACCUGCAUCCAGCAGCUGCAUUCACCACCCUUGUCCUGCGGUGUUCUCCAGCACCUUCAUGAUCGAUACGGACUUGUCUUUCUGCACAGAGACGCCGUCGAUUGGUCAUCUCUUGCUCCCAUUUACAUUGAUUGCUGCGCUCUCAUUCUUCUCCUGUUGAGAAUCGAUUGAUUGUUGCUUGCCAGAUUAGUGCGUUACUAAGCCCUCCCCAAUUGUUGGGUGAUACCAGGUUCUAAUGCUAUUAGCAUGUUAUCUUGGAUUCGGAAACCGAUUUUUGCCGCCUAACGGUGACACAGAGAAGCAAGGAGAUCGCUGCAGUCGUUCGCGCUCUUAACUCUCCCUUCUGGACAUCAAAGCCGCGCCGACCAUAGCGUAUCAGCUCAUAUUUGUAGCAGACAGUGCCCUGCAUUCUUGGCACAUUUCGGAGCGAGCAGGGCAUCUAGCGAAUGUCCCGUGAACUGCGACGUAGGGCCCCUGGAGUGCCCCUUUCGCGUUUGAGUGUCGGGCAAGGUUCGGAAGAUUAGCCAUACGGGAGCGACUUCGGAAUACGAUACAGGUUCACGCCUUCGUACUGCAAUUUCUCUUCUGAUGACUGCAGAGUCCAGUGAGAAGGAGGCCGAGUCGAGACUCAAAGAAGAUUUCUCGCCCGAGGUGAGCAACACAGGAGGUCAAGAUGGGGAUCCUUCUGGACCUCGGGAAGGAUUGGAAGGGGGGAGGAACUGGGACAAUGGUAACUCGAAAGACAGGGAUCGAGAUGCGGGAUUUGGAAAUGGUUACAUGAAUAACGGCUUCAGCGGUUCCUCCGAUCUCAACGUGGAGGCCAAGGAGAGCAGGGCAGAUGUUGAGAAGGCCGCUCGCAUGGAUAUUGAUGCCGAGGUGCAAGGCCGACCCGACAAGAAGAAGCGCCUGCCGACUCGAGAUGUCAGAGUUUCGGACACCACCCCGUCUACGGAGGAAGACAGAGACGAGGAGACGGAGGACGAUUUUGAAGAAGGCGACUGUGUCAUGGCCGACGCAGCUUCCAAACAUCACCCCCAGCAAGGGCCAUCGCACCCUCAAGCCGAAGAACAACCAGGCAAGGGCGACCGAUCUCAAUGCCAGAAGCAGCAGCAACAAGAAGAACAGCAGCCGCAGGCCCAACCAAAACAAGAGCCGCACGGACAAGAGGCUCGCGAGCAACAACAACAGCCCCCACCAAAGGCGGUCGUUGUGCCUGCAGGCUGGGAAAGCUUCCUACCUCGAAAGCACAUCAGAGUGUUGCUGGCAGAAGACGAUGAUUCCACCAGGCACGUGGUGGGAGCUCUUCUUCGAAACUGCGGUUAUGAAGUUACUUCUGCUGCCAACGGAAUGCAAGCCUGGGAGAUGCUCGAGGACCCCAAUAAUUUCUUCGAUCUGGUGUUGACUGACGUGGUCAUGCCCUGCUUGUCUGGAGUGGGACUACUCACCAAAAUCAUGAGCCGUGAAGCAGGAAAGAGAAUACCUGUCAUCAUGAUGUCCUCCCACGACUCCCUGGACAUCGUGUACAGGUGUUUGUUCAAAGGAGCUGCUGAUUUCUUGGUCAAACCCGUCCGAAAAAAUGAGUUGAAGAAUUUAUGGCAGCACGUUUGGCGUUGUCAAAGCUCAAGCGGAAGUGGUAGUGGCGGAAGUGGCAGUGGCAGCGGGAUGCGAAAGUUCAUGCAGCCGAAGAGUCGAGUUGGAUCUGGCAAUAACAGCGGGAGUAACGAUGGCAGCGAAGACGGAAGCAGCGGACUUAACGUGAGAGGUGGCAGUGAUAAUGGAAGUGGUACUCAGACGGUUGCGGAGCACGUUCAAACAAGAGAGAAACAGAAGAGAGACCAAGAGGAGGGACAGGCGACAUCUUUGCAGAAAGCCUCAGACGAACAAAUGGGGCAAGACCUGGAGAUGGCCACAAGAAGACCUGGAGUUGUAGAACUCCAAGAGGCUGAGCAAGAAAAGCAGCUCAACGACAGUGCCGCCCUCGACAAUGGCUCCCCGUCAUCGAGCAACCGCAACGAUGUCGACCAAAUGGAGGAAGGAUACAAUUCCGGCGCAGCAAAUUCUGGCGGUUCUGCAAAGGCUAUCGAUUUAAUUGGAGGAAUCGCCUGUCAAAACAAUGAGGACCGGAAGGAAGGAGAGGACAGUGACGGAGUGGAAGGUUCUGACCGUGGUGCUAGCAAUAGCCCCGUCAUGAAUGACAAAUACGCGUCUGGGACCUCGAUGCCAACUUUGGAGCUGUCCUUGAAGAGAUCAAGAGUGCCUGGGGAUGACGAUGUUGAGGUUGAAGAGAGACGUGCUGUACGUCAGUCAGGUGGUUCCGCAUUUUCAAGAUACAGCACGAGUGGAGUCAUCAUCCAGCAACAUCUUCCUUCAGGGAACAAUCUCGCGCUUGGUACCUACUCUAUGGGUGGCGCCUACAGUUUGUCCGCGGGACAGUCGGGUCUUGCCAGCAGCAGCAAAACUGGGCAACUUCACCAUUCUACCGCAUUCGAUCGAUGUGGAUCUUUUAUGGGCAGUGGGGAAGCUUCAACCCCACAUGCAAAUCCCCCUCAUCUUCCUCCGAAGGGCAGCGGUCAAGAUUUAGGAUCUGGGGUAGUAGGCACGUCUGGUCAAGACGGAUAUGCUAACUCCAGGCAAAUCAAAGACGAGGCCGCUUCGGCUUCUCCCGCAUCUGCUCCCGGAAUUCCCAUUUCAAGAGCAGGCGUUCCUCCUCCUGCCAUCAUCUAUGAUGGUGUAUGUGCUUCGUACGGCCCACCGAUGCACCCUUCGUUUUACUCACAUCCUGCUGCACCUCCCUGGGCCACCGGUCCAGCUCACAAGUCUAAUAGAGGCGAAGUAUUUGAUCAUCCUCCAUAUAGAGAGCAUGGUACUCAUGCUUCCCACCAUCACUCUCAUCAUCAUCAACCGCACCGUUCUCAACAUCAUCAUCAUCACCACACCAAUUUGCCUCAAUCUUCUGUUAGGUCCAUGCAAGAUGAUCAAACAGUUCAAAAUCCAGGAGCCGGGGCCCCUCGCUGUGGAUCAUCGAAUAUGGCAGGAUCCGUGCCGGAUGGCAACACUGGGCAGAGUGGGAGCAGCAACGGGAACAAUGGAAGUGUCAAUGGGAGUGCAUCGGGAAGCAACAAUCUGAGUAAUGAGAACGGACAGAGUGGUGUCCCCCUUCCUCCCAACACGAAUGCAGGAUGUGGUGGCAACAAUGGGGAAAGUGGGUCCGGCAACGGUGCCGUGAACGCGGGUGCUGUGGAUCCUGAACAAAAUCGCUUUGCUCGGCGAGAAGCUGCCUUGAACAAGUUCAGGCAAAAGAGAAAAGAAAGAUGCUUCGAAAAGAAGGUGCGUUAUCAAAGUAGAAAGAGACUUGCCGAGCAGCGUCCUCGCGUACGUGGUCAAUUCGUCCGCCAAACUGUAUACGACGUGAACACUGGUGAAGCAGUGGAAUGAGAUGACAUGAGCUUGUUUGGUCUCAUUCCUCACCUGAUUCCCAGGUCCGUUUGAUACUUCAUCGGUAUUAAACAUGGUUAUCAAACCAGUGUUCCAAUGACACUCGAAACGUCGACCACCACCUCGAGUUAAAACAUCGGAACAUUUGUGGUCUGACACCGAGCACAGGCGCAUCGUGAACCACCAACGCCGAUUCACCACCCACUCCUUUGGCCUGUCCUCAUCUAUCAUUGUAGAGAUUCUUCUGUUAAAUCGAUGUACAGUGCAGACCUGCUGCUCCUUCUGUGUUUAUUUCUGCCAUGUAGUUGGGCGAAACGGCAAUCUGACUGCGCUCUGGAGGUGUGCUAGGCAAGUGGUUUCUCUAGCUCAGCUGAUCCUGCAGUCAUCCUGUGACGGAUUUCCCAGACACUUCUUCCAGCUGAACUCCUCGGAGGUAGAUAAUUUAUAGAGGUAACGUCAGACAGAAGAGUCAAAGUCUGAGUUACUUUUUCUUAACGUUGUGAAGAGUCUGGGAUCAUACGUUUGUAGAGUGGAAAAUGAUUGUUGACUCUGUUUUCCCUGUAAGUAAGGGAACCCGUGAGAUUUAGAUAGGUAGGUGUAGAAAUGACUCUGAAGAGGAAUUCUCUCGAGUGCAAGUGCUAGUCAAGUUUUCCCGCCUUAAGCUGUUGCUCUAGCCGGGUGCAUAGGAUUGGAAGACGUUAGAUUGCUGAUAGUGUUUAACUGCUUCCUUUUUUUGAUACUCAUUUAUAUAAAAAGAUAUUAUACCUACAUGCUGGGUGAUUCAACUUCA